AUGCGGCUCCCUGCUCUGCUGCUGCUCUUCGCGGCCUGCGUGGCCGCCCAGGAGGCCCCUGAGCCUUCUCCCGAUGCUGCGUCUGCCCCCGCAGAGGCCUCUGCGCGCCUGGAGCGCUGCGCGAUGCUCGGAUUCGACGCGGACGCGCUGGACUGUCGACUUUGCGACGAUCUGUCGACUUAUCUGGGCUCCGUUAAGUCGACAAAGAAGAAACCCAAGCAGAAGGCCGUCGACUUGGUGACGAGCGAGUGUCGCGACUGCUGCUCGGACUUCUCCAAAGUGCUGGAGGCCGAGGGACGCCGCUACGCCAAAGCCGUGCUGGCCGUGAGUCAACAUCGACUGAAGCGGUACCCGAAAGUGGCCAACUUUGUGGAGCACCAGGCCGAGAGCACCAAGCGGCUCGAGGUGCAGGAGGCGAACCCCCGACUGCCCAUGCUCCAGUUCUUUGAUGAGGAAGGGGAGAAGGUCGAGGAGAUCAGGUACCGUGGACAAUUUUAUAUUAAAUUUAUUGUUAUAGAUAGAUUUGGGAUGUUGAUUUUUUUAUUUUUUUGUAGUGUGGCCCAUUGGGAUGAGGACUCCAUUGCUGAGUUUAUUGCGAACAAGUUGCUGCCUGAGGAGGAGGUGGAGGAGGGAGAUGAGGUUGUUGAGGUGGAGGAAGAGGUUGUGGAGGUGGAAGUCGAGGCGGACAAGCCGUGA